AUGGUGUUUGGGAUUGAUCGCGUUGCAAAAUUAAGGAACCUUGCAAACCUCUUCUCCAGGAUUCUCUACAGACGUUCCUUUAAUCAUACGCAAAUGGAACUGGCUGAGGGUAUAGAGAGGAAAUACACACAGAUGCUCAACUUUUUGAGUGACAAACAUCCUUCCAUGGACCUUGAGCACAGCAACGAUGAAAACCUAGACGUUUCUAAACAACCAAACAACACAACCUCGAUGCUUGGUUUUGACCUCAGUGAUGAUUUUAUGAACAAUGUCGCCAACAACAAGAGUGAAGGACCAGAUUUGAGUAUAUUAGACAAAGUGAGAAGUAGAUUGUUAGGGGAAAACAAGGGACAGCAACUGUUGGAUGACACUCAGAAAAUUGACCAGGGAGAAACUCAAAUAGUUCAAGAGGAACCAUUGGAUAACCGGUUUCAACUCCUACCCCAAUUAGAAGUGGAUGAGAGUGAAUACAAUCAAUCAACACAAGCAAUUGACGCUAAAAGUCAUCUUCAUCAAGAAUUUGGCCCUACGCAGGUAGUUCACAAAAAUUUGGAAGCUACUCAUGUUAUCGAAAAUGGAUCAGCCCUUGGUCCCACUCAAAUAUUAGGUAGUGGAAAUACACAACCAGAGCAGACUACGCCUUCAAAGUCUACUUUUGAUACUACCCAAGUGAUUCCUCGGAAGGAUUUGCAGAAUUUAUUUGUGGAGUCGGAGGAUGAAGAGGAAGCACAACCUAUGACGUCUCAAGAAAGACAGCGAAAAAUAGCUCAAUUAGCCGAGGAAAAGAGACAAGCCCGACUUCAGAAGGAACGAGAGGAAUUGGAACAGGAUAUGACCAAAGGCUCAUUAACUGAUGAAGAGGAAGAACUCAAUACUGAAGCCAAUGACACGGUUGUAUCAUCACAUAUGAAAAGUGAUGGUUUGUCCACCAAAGACUUAGAAAAAGCUCAAGAAUUUAUCAAUAUACAAAAGCGUCAAAUUGAUAUUAGGCCUGAUUUUGAAAGAAAACAAGUGUUUACCAAGGAAAAGUUUUUGGAUUUGUUUUCCGACGAUGAAGAUGAAGAUGAAGACAUUUUUGGCUUGACUAAAAAAGCCACCCAAGCUCAGCAACCUUCUUCGCCAACUAUGGAUGAGGUGUUGAAAUCAAGCCCAACAACAUCCCCAGUUAAAGACAAUACAUUUGAUUUGUUUCAGAUACAUUCAAAACCAACACAAUCAUCAAAUCCACUUGAAUUGUAUGCUCAAAGAUUGAAGCAAAACUUACCAAGCUCGCCUUCAAAUAAUCAGCAUAACAAAGGACCUGUGAUUAAUUUAGAUUCAGACUCUGAUGCUGAAAUAGGCCAUUCAUCUUCACCAUUGAGAACUCAACACAAUUCUCGUUUCUCUAAUCAUGCCACAGAAUUGGAUGUGAUCCCUGAACUUACAAAAGAACAGAAAUUCCUCAUAAGACAGCGUUUUGCAAAGAAAAAGUAUCAAAAUUCCAAACAUACUGCAAAGGACACAGAUAAGCAUAAUCGACAAAGUAAUUUUUUCAAGCAAUUGCAAAAAAGAAAUAUAGACCAAUUGAAAGUUCAUAAAAUGAAUGAUCCUGAACAUGCCUUGAUGGAGGAACUUGAAAAAGAUGAAGAGUCAAUGGCUUCGCUAUUAGAAAGAGAAAUGGAAAGGGUGAGAAAGAUUAGAAAGAAGGAAAAGUUACAAGAAAGAGCCAAAUUGGCUCUAUUGGGUAAGAAAUUGGGAAUGAAAAUGGUGGAAAGUGGGGAUGAUGGUGAAUGUGACCAAGAUAUACCAGAGAGUGAUGUUGCAGGCUCAGAGGUUCCAGAUAGCGAUUACAACUCUGAUGACCAAGACCAAGACGAUGAUGUUGGCGAAGAAGAGGAAGACAACAAAGAGGUUGAAUUCAGCGACAUCAACUCCUCUUUUAACGACAACGAAGGUGAACAGAAUCUUGUUACUCACGAUGAUGAUAGUCAUGAAUUGUUCCAGAAUUUGCAACCAAGAGAUAAGGAUAAUUCUUUUAUGUCGACGCAAGGAGAUGCGCAAGUCAAAUGUGAACCUAAAUUACCUCUGUUUAAAGAUCUCACUCAAUCGCAAUCGCAACUGCAACAUCAGACCCAAGUCGAUCAGCCGACUCAAGUUGACAAUUCGCUUUUGGAGGACGAUUUGGAAACUCAAGUCAUCAACAAAGAACUAUAUACCCAAGCAGACGAGAAGAGUAGUAGAGCUGUUGUUGAUGAUGACGAUGACGAUUUGAUAACUCCAGCGCGCGUCAACAAGGGUCGCAAAGCAAUGAGAAACAAAAUGAUGCAAAUCAAAGAAGAACCAGAAGAUCAGCUAGAUAAGGAUGAAGAGGCGGAUGAAGCAGGUACAAAUAAAGAAGAUCCGGAAAUUUUACAACAAAGAAUCAAAGAAUAUGAACAAAAGAUCCGUAGAAAAGAGUUGCAAGCUCGUAAACGUCGGAAAGAAUUGGAAAAAAGCGGAGCCAGAUCAAUGUUUGACGGAGAAGCAGAAGAAUCUGAAGACGAAUGGAAGGGACUAGGUGGAGUUGAUGGCGAAUUUUCCGAUAUUGCCAAUUCUGAAGAUGAAAAAAUGAUUGAUAAUAAUUUAAAUAUUGAUUUACAAGAUGAUGAAAUUCGUAAAAAGUUUAUGGAAGAAUAUCAAAUUAAAGAUCAACGAGAAUUGGAAAAAUUAUUAGAUGAUAUCAAGAAUCAUAAAUUGAUUAAACGAGUUGGCGCCAAUAAUAAUGGUUUUGAUAUUGAAUUGAGUGACGAAGAAGAUCAAUUGUUAGCUGCUUAUCGAAAACAAAAAUUAAUUGAACAACAACAACGAUUGUUGCAGAAUAAGAAGUUGCAAGCUUUAAGUAAAGAUGAGAAAUCCAAGGCGUUUUUUGAUACUAUUCAAGAUAAACAUGAAGUUAUUGUGAUUGAUAGUGAUAGCGAUGUUGAAGCGUUUGGAGAUGCGACGGGAAAUCCAUUCGUUGAAGGAAAAAAUGAAUCUAGUAAGAAGAAGCCAAGUUCAGGUGAUAAAGAUUUUGUUGAGAUUGAAGAUGAAGAGGAUUCAUUGGAGAAAGAAGCACCAUUGAAACAAACGAUUAAAAUCGAAGAAUCAUUUGUUCAAAAUAAAUUAUCAUUCUUGUAUCAAUCAGUUUAUGAUGAUGAUGAUUCUGGAUAUAAUCGUAUACAAAGAUUGUCUAAAUUACAACAUGGCAUAUCUGAUGAUGAUGAUGAAGAUGUUGAUGAUAUCUUUGCAUUGAAAUCAAAGAGUGUUCUUCAAUCGAAUCGACAAGUUACCAACAUCGAUCGAAAACAAGUUAAUUCCAAAAAGAGAAAAUUGGAUCAAGAUGAACCUACUGACGUGGAUGAAAACAGACAAGAUGGUGGAGAUACUGACAAAGAUGAUGAUGAAGUCAACUACAAUAACAACAACAACAACAACAACAACGACCAAAUCAACCUCGACGUCAUCGACGAUGACGAUGAUGAUGAAUUUAUGCCCAUAUUUAAGAAACCAUCCAUAACAAAAUCAUUCAAAUCAUUCCAAGAACAAAAAGGAAUCACAUACAAUAAGCAGGGUAAACAACAGUUUUCCGGAGUCACCAUUAGUAAACAAUAUAAAGUUGUAUCAGGAUCAAAAGCAUCAAUAACUUAUAUGUCAUCGAAACUGGCCAAGAACAACCAGCAUGGACAACAGUAUAAGAGCUUUAAAGAACGAGCAAUUGAACAAAGUUUACAUAAUUCGAGAAGAGAACGGUCAGGGUCUACUUCGCUGAAAUUAUUUUCGAGUUCUGAUUUCUUAUAG